CCAGUCCUCACCAUCAAAUCUCAAGAAAAAUUCAAAACUCAAAAGUCCUCAGAUCUCAACCAUGUCAGGCCGAGGAAAGGGCGGGAAGGGUCUGGGCAAGGGCGGAGCGAAGCGCCACCGGAAGGUUCUCAGGGACAACAUCCAGGGGAUCACGAAGCCGGCGAUCCGCCGCCUCGCGAGGAGAGGGGGGGUGAAGAGGAUCAGCGGGCUGAUCUACGAGGAGACGAGAGGGGUUCUCAAGAUCUUCCUCGAGAACGUGAUCCGCGACGCGGUGACGUACACAGAGCACGCGAGGAGGAAGACGGUGACGGCGAUGGACGUCGUCUACGCGCUGAAGAGGCAGGGGAGGACUCUGUAUGGGUUCGGGGGCUAAAACAAAAAUAAAAAAAAAGAUCAGGCCUUUUUCUUUUGUGGGUUUAGUUGGGUCUAGGGUUUGUUGUGUUUUGUGUUUGUUUGAAGUAACUCUGUUUACAUGUGAAUUUCGUUGUUUCGAAGUGGUAAUAUUACGUAGUAGCUGUUCACUCGCCCUUA